CACCAUGCCUGCCUGCCGCCCCGGUCCUCUGGCCGGCGCCCUGCUCCUGGGCCUGCUGCUGCUCGGCCUCCCCCGGGUCCCAGGCGGAGAAGUGGAGAAGACCGGCGUGUGCCCCCAGCUACAGGCGGACCUGAACUGUACGCAGGAGUGCGUCUCGGACGCCCAGUGCGCAGACAACCUCAAGUGCUGCCAGGCCGGCUGCGCCACCAUUUGUCACCUGCCCAACGAAAAGCAGGGUUCCUGCCCCCAGGUGAACACUGACUUCCCCCAGCUCGGCCUCUGUCAGGACCAGUGCCAGGUGGACAGUCACUGUCCAGGCCUGUUAAAAUGCUGCUACAAUGGUUGCGGGAAGGUGUCCUGUGUCACUCCCAUCUUCUGAGCUCCAGCCACCAUAGCCCAAGGAGUGGGGGAGUGGAAGUUUCUGUCCAGCCCUGCCUGGCUCCAGCUCGGCUCCAGGCCCGCCGUCCUCUUGUCUUUCUGGCCUGUACACCCGCUCCAGAGCUAAGCGCAGCUUCUUCCUUUUCCAACCAAUAAAGUGACCGCUUCCAGCA